UCGUUUCUUUUUUGAUUUGUACUUGUGCAUUUGUGAACAAAAAAUAAUUUAUAUGCAUGUAUUUUUGUUCAUUAAAUCAUUUUUUCAAUAUUUUAACGACUCAUUGUUUGCUACCUAAGCAACAGGAACUGAGCUGUACUGUAAGAUUAAAAUAGUAAUUUGUUGCAUUUUAAAAAGCGUUUGUUAGUAAUAAAGACCAUUGUUUUAUGUAGGGAGAUACUUACUUAUAGUUUUGCGUCAUGUUUAGCUACUUCUAGCUAUCUUACAGGUGUAAUUGUCCUCAGAGCUGGACAAAGGUUUAGUCCUUUGUGUUUGAAAAUGUGUUUCCAAUCUUUGCAGAGCUUGCAAUUGAAGCUCAUUCAAUGAACAUAUACUAGGGGCUUUUGAUAAACGAAUUAUUUUAUGAAAGUGCUUUGUAAUUUGUAAUUGAAGCAUUUUUAUGGUAUAUUUUUCAAAGUAAUUGAUAAAUUGAAGUUUUUGGAUUUUAAAAUGUAGUUGGGACUGCGGGAUUAAUUCAUGGAGCCUUUUUGUAAUAAAAUGGCGUAAAAAGCGAUACUAAAUUCUUGGUUGAAAACGUUAUUAUAUGAAGAUGAACCACUGCCAGAAGUUUAACGACUUGGAAAAUGGACAACAAACACAAAUCAAAAAACCAAUAAGUACAAUUCUGUGGGAUUGUCUUCCUAUAUCUGUUGCAUCUCUGGAAGCAUAUUGUUUUGGUUUAAUGUUAGGAUGGCCAUCGCCGAUGUAUCAAAAGUUAUUAAUCAAAAACACCUCGGUGUCCAUAACGUUCGAACAGACUGCGCCCCUGGCAGGGUUUUUAAUGUUCGGAGUAAUUUUCGCGACUCCUCUGUCAAAAUGGUCACCAGCUGGCAACAAAUAUGGUCUUAUAUUUGGAGUUCUACUUAUUUUAAUCGGCUGGGUGGUAAUGUUUUUGGCCAGAACGAAUUUGUGGUUGUUCGCGAGUCGGUUGGUUGUUGGAUUGGGCCACGGAUACGGCUUAGGGCAAUUGAAACUGUACGUGGUUGCUAUGAGCGAAGGAGAAAUGGUAAAAACAUUCACCAAGUUGAUCAGUUUGUACGUGUUUUUGGGGACCAUCACGGCGUUUAUUGUCGGGCCUUUUGUGACGUUUUGGACGUACUCACUUGUCUCGAUUUGUUUAACGGCAUCUGUACUUAUUCUUUUGUUUCUUUUACCCAAAAAACCCCUAAAAUUAAGGAGAUUUUUGAGAAAUGACAAAUAUUUAAAACCUCAAAAUGAUUCUUUACUAGAUAGUACAAAAAAUUUUGAAUGUAACACGCCGGCACCGGUACAAAUGUCGCUUUUUGAAAUAUGUAGGAACUGGCAACUUGUGAAAAAAACGUUUCUAUUUUUUCUUCUAACAUUUUUUCAACAAUAUACAAGUAUCCCCCCGUUAACUGUCUACACACAAAUCGUUUUUGAAACGCUCGGUUAUCCAAGUCCCCACAUUUUAGCAGCUUUAUUUAUUGUUUUUCUCUCUACAAUUACUUUAUUUUUUUAUUUUAAAAUGACGGAAAUGAAUUCAAAAAUUUUAUUAACAUAUUCCAGUAUUCUCUUAUCGUGUUCGUUGUGGUUUCUUGUGUUUACGUUACACAACAAUUUAGAAACUAAAUUUCCUUUUAUUUGUUUAUUUAUUUUAUUGUUUAUCGUGUACUGUCACGCUUUCGGUUUGGGAACAGUGCCAUUUAAAAUUGUUGGCACCUUUUUUCCAGCGGAGGUUCGUUCAAUAGAAGAAAUGAUUUUUAUAAUGUGUUAUUCCUUUUUUGCGUUGAGCAGUACCAAAAUAUUCCAGGUUUUACUCAGUUUGUUCGGUUUAAAAUAUUGUUUUAUUUUCAAUGCAGUGAUUGCUACCAUUUCCAUAGCCUUUACAGUAUUAGUUUUGCCAGAUGAAUUAGAUUAACGAAGUCGUUACGUAGUUAAAUUUAUAGAUAUUACGGAAUUGUUAACUAUUUUAUAAUAAAUUUGUGAUAUAAAUAUUGCUUAGUUAAGUGGAAUUGCCUACGUUUCAGUAGUAUUGUAUUUUUAAUAUUUAAUUCAUCAUUGGCAAAGUGAAAUAUAUUUUAUU